CCCGGUUAUGAAACCGCGGGGGAGGGGCCGGUGCCGCCCGCCAACCGCGGCGGCGCCGGGGGAGCCGAGGCCGCCGGAGCGCAGUGGUCAGACAGGAUGGCUCCAGUGAACCAGCCAAAGGACAAGGAGUGUGAGAGGGUGUAUCAGCAUUGGCCAGAAGAGGCAAAAUCAGCUGGGAAGAGGAAAGCGGACUAUGAGAAACUGGGGAAUGAGACACAAGCAAAGAGGUUGUUUGUGAGAAAAACAUCUAAACCCCCAGGGAAAAUCGGUUGGAGUGGAGGUGGGUCUGUGGUGAGAAACAAGAGAGUCCUUUCCCAUCAGCUGGAGCAGCAGCGCAGCAUUGUUCAUUAUGUCUACCAGAACAUGCUGGGAGGCUCCAUUCGGGCACCACUCAGGCAGUGUCUGCAGCUGCCUUUUCUGCGUUCUCUUGCCUCAUAUCGCCUCUUUCGAACAGCAAGUCCCUUUGACAGGAGAGUGACAUGCUUGGAAUGGCAUCCAACACACCCCAGUACAGUAGCUGUCGGUUCCAAAGGUGGAGACAUCAUCCUUUGGGACUAUGAAGUACUUACUAAAACGUGCUUCAUAAAGGGGAUGGGAGCUGGAGGGGCCAUCACAGGAAUGAAGUUUAACCCUUUUAACCCUAGUCAGCUGUACACUUCAUCAGUUGCCGGCACUACCACCCUGCAGGAUUUUAAUGGCAAUACUGUCCGGGUCUUCACCAGCACCGAGGACUGGGAUUGCUGGUACUGCAGUGUGGAUGUUUCUGCAAGCUGCCGUGCAGUGGUGACAGGUGAUAAUGUGGGCAACGUGGUCCUGCUCAGCACUUCUGGUGAAGAGAUUUGGAAGCUGAAAUUGCACAGGAAGAAAGUGACUCAUGUAGAGUUUAACUCCCGAUGCGAGUGGCUGUUGGCCACAGCGUCUGUGGAUCAGACAGUCAAAAUCUGGGACCUCAGAAACAUCAAAAACAAAAUGAGCUUUCUUCAUGUGCUUCCUCAUGAGAAACCUGUCAAUGCAGCUUACUUCAGCCCAACAGAUGGUGCAAAGCUUCUGAGCACAGACCAGCGCAAUGAAAUCAGGGUUUACUCAUCUUCAGACUGGACCAAGCCACAGCAUCUGAUUCCACAUCCACAUAGGCAUUUUCAGCACCUCACACCUAUUAAGGCAACAUGGCAUCCUCGCUAUGACCUCAUUGUCGUAGGUCGCUACCCAGACCCCAAGUUCCCAGAGUACACAAUGGAUGAGCUACGAACUGUUGAUGUAUUUGAUGGAAACACCGGAGAGAUGGUUUGUCAACUCCACGAUCCAAAUGCUUGUGGUAUCAUCUCGCUCAAUAAAUUUAACCCUAUGGGAGACACACUGGCUUCUGGGACGGGCUUUAAUAUUCUGAUUUGGAGCCGGGAGGAGAUGGUGGCCAAGAAGCAAGAACAUCUUUUGAAAGCCAUGACAGAACAGGGGAUUGGAAGCUGGAAUUCAUCCAGACGUGGAGGGCAGAGGCAGGCAAACCCUGGCACAAGCAAACUCAAAGCUAAGUUAUUGUCUUGGGAGCUGGACGAGAUGAGAACUAAAAACAAUGAUUCUAAAUCCAAGGGAAGAAAGCGAAAAGGGAAGGAUCUAGAGAAGUGAUUUAGUAUUUUGAUCCUUUCUGAAUCCCAGGGUACAAACUCAGUUGUUGCCAAUGGGCAGUAUAAGCUGUACAGGGCAUUAGAUUUUGUCCCUCCUCCCUGGAUCUGAUCUUGGUUCCCUCAUCCUCUUGGCUUCCCCUUCUAGAAAGUUGUGUCAGUACUUGGUUCCUCCUGCAAAUGGAGUUACCACUUAUUUUCUGAGGCACUAGGAAAACUUCAAAGAUGUUCUCAAAUCCUGCUGAAGUUACUGCUUCCAAUCUGCCAUAUCUGCUUGUCAUUACUUGUCAGAGGUUACCAUUUCCUGUAGUCUGCUUUAGAGAAGCUCAUGGUAGGGUCCCUAGCCUGUUCUAGUCCAAAUGAGUUGAGAAACCAUUUGCUAACAGGAUUUAACAUCCUGAAAAGGUAGAAUGUUUACAAAGCUGAGGUGAUGGAUAGCUCAGGUAGCCUAGGAAACACCAAGCUUUUCCAUAUGGAAGCUUCUUGGAAAAUGUUUGUCAAGACCUCAGGCUUAGCCUGUUCUGUGCUUGCAGCUAUUUAACUGGACCACAAAGAACAUGAUGAUGCCAGAGGUGUCUACCUGCCUCAUGGGAUGCAAGGGCAGUAUGGAGCUGGGCCUACUGAUUCUGUAGUUUCUAUUGUCAGAGUUCUAGGCUCUUUCUUGCCACUGAUUAGGCAAUUUUUUUCACCCAGGUGCUUCAGAAUGUUGGAUAAAAGUGUUAUAAAGCAGAAAUGAGAAAUUUCUUCCAAACACCCCUGCUUAGAGCCAAAUCUAAAGACUGUUGUUAAAGUCUAAAGUUUUGCUUUUUCUGAUUUGUUUACAAGGCUGCCCAGGGCCUUGCUGCUGUCCCAGAGGUUGAUGGAUGGGAUGGGCUCCAGGCCUGUGCAGAUUCUCCAUGUUCACUUUUAUAGUUUUGCAGUAUUAAUAAAGUUUUGUAUUAAACUAAAA